UCAAUUCAUUCGAAUUUUCUAAUUUUUUUAUAAAAAAAUGUUCUUCGAAAGGUUCCUUAAGUUUCCAAAAUUGCUUUCAGUCAAAGCUGAAGAGGAAGAGGAAGAAUUGCAAGAUCCACAAGAAGUUUUAAGGGAAAAAUGUAGAGAAACCGAACAUGUAGAAAAAUUAGCCGAAAAAUAUCAAGCCUGCAACGAAAGAGUUUUAUCCAGGUCACAAACAACUGAGAUUUGCGCAGAAGAACUGUUUGAUAUGCUACAUGCAAUAGACCACUGUGUUACCAAAGAUCUAUUCAGCAAAUUGAAAUAAGUCGUGAUGUUUUUAUUAGUAUGUAGGUUUUCAGCGUAUACUACCGGUUAGAUGUCAGUUUAGUUGAAAUAAAGUUGUUAACAUUAA